GUACUGCCGGCUCGUUCCCGUGCGGCGCAGGCGCAGUUCGCGCGGUGCGGGCGGCAUGGCGGGCCCGGGGCUGGUGGCAGGGGACGUGGUGGUGGACGCGCUCCCCUACUUCGACCAGGGCUACGAGGCGCCGGGCGUUCGGGAGGCGGCCGCGGCGCUGGUAGAGGAGGAGACGCGGCGGUACCGGCCCACCAAGAACUACCUCAGCUACCUGCCGGCGCACGACUACAGCGCCUUUGAGACAGAGAUUAUGCGGAACGAGUUCGAGCGCCUGGCGGCCCGGCAGCCCCUCGAGCUGCUCAGCAUGAAGAGGUACGAACUGCCGGCCCCUUCCUCCGGCCAGAAAAACGAUACCACGGCGUGGCAGGAGUGUGUGAACAACUCCAUGGCGCAGCUGGAGCACCAGGCUGUCCGCAUCGAGAACCUGGAGCUGAUGUCGCAGCACGGCUGUAACGCCUGGAAGGUGUACAACGAACAUCUGGUUCAUAUGAUAGAACAAGCCCAGAAAGAGCUUCAGAAAUUGAGGAAAAAUAUUCAAGAUCUGAACUGGCAGAGAAAGAACAUGCAGCUCACAGCUGGGGCUAAGCUACGAGAAAUGGAAUCUACAUGGGUCUCUCUUGUCAGCAAGAAUUACGAGAUUGAACGAACGAUCGUGCAGCUGGAAAACGAAAUCUCACAAAUCAAACAGCAGCACGGGGUGGCAAACAAAGAGAACAUCCAGCAGGAUUUGCAGUGACUCAGAGGUUACAGAAACAGAAGGCAAAGAACUUGGGA